AUGACCAGCGGCCUCUCCUACACGAUCUACUCACGGCGGCACCGACGCGGACGAAACCUCCAAGUCGGCGACAUCAUCCUCUACGACAAUCCUAUUUUCCUACACCAGGGCGCAUGCAAGCGGGUGAUAGGCAUGCCCGGCGAUUUCGUGCUGCGCGAUCCCUCUCAGAGCCCAACCGUCGGCGGCGCCCUGGUGCCUGGCAUCACGGAUACGAUGGAUGAGAAGGCCGUGCGCGUGCGUGACGAGCCCCUCAUGGUGCAGGUCCCAGAAGGCCAUGUCUGGUGCGCAGGCGAUAGCUUGUCGUACAGCAGAGACUCGCGCUUUUACGGGCCGGUGCCCAUGGCGCUGAUCAAGGGCAAGGCGCUGUAUAAUGGCGAUGGCUGGUUUAAUUGGACUUCGUUCCGGACGCCGCAGCUGCUGCCACCCGCACGGAGAGAUACGAUCCAUCUGGAACCCGACGACGCUGGCCCUGGUUGA